AUAUAUACAUUUACAAGAUUCUGCAUAUUAUUUCUUCAACUCUCAAUUCAUUCCAUCUUCUUUCAACAGCUGUGAUUAUAUGAAGAACACUUCUGUUGAUUUGCCUAUCAAGAGGCAUAAAUCAUUACUUUGUAGCCGUCUUUUCGGUGCUAUAUUGGUCUCCGCGGCUUUCUUUAUAUCAAGUGCAAUCAUCGUUGUAGAUCAUAAGAAGUUCCAACACUUACGGGGCAUCUUGGUCCAGAGGUUUCCGGAACUACAAAACUCUGAUGCUAUGCAAGCUGAUCCAACAAAUAUAUGCGAGAAUCAAUGCAGUCUGGAUGGAAGUGAGGCUUUGCCAAAAGGCAUUGUGGUCAAAACAUCUGAUCUAGAGAUGCGGCCAUUAUGGGGACCUCGUAAGAAGAGGAAGAACCCCAAAUCACCAAUGAGCUUGUUGGCUAUGGCAGUUGGGAAGAAGCAAAAAGCAAAUGUGAAUGAAAUGAUUAAGAAGUUCCCAUCGGACGAUUUUGUGAUUAUGCUCUUCCAUUAUGAUGGGAAUGUGGACGAGUGGAAGGAUCUAGAGUGGAGUAGUCGUGCCAUACAUCUUUCGGCUAUUAGUCAAACAAAGUGGUGGUUUGCUAAGAGGUUCUUGCACCCAGAUGUUGUAUCGGAGUACGCUUACAUUUUCCUUUGGGACGAAGAUCUUGGUGUCCAAAAUUUUGAUGCCAGAAGAUACGUAUCGAUCAUUAGAAAUGAAGGACUUCAUAUAUCACAGCCUGCACUUGAUCCUGAUAAAUCAGAGGUGCAUCACGAAAUGACAACACGAGAAAAAGGAUCAACUUUACACAGAAGAAUCGAAAGAAUGAGUCGCUCCAAAAAGAAAUGCUACAGAAACAGUACGGAUCCUCCGUGCACUGGGUGGGUCGAAAUGAUGGCUCCUGUAUUCUCAAAAGAAGCAUGGCGUUGCGUGUGGUAUAUGAUUCAGAACGACUUGAUUCAUGCGUGGGGAUUGGACAUGCAACUGGGGUACUGUGCACAGGGUAACCGAACACAAUAUAUUGGGAUAGUUGACUCCGAGUAUGUUGUUCACUAUGGUCUUCCUACACUCGGGGGUUCGCCACAAAAUAAGACAAACACUGAAUCAUCAAUAGAGGAGUCUUCUUCUUUACAGGAUAAAGUCUCGUUGGAAUCCAAUCACACAGAUAUUAGAGCUGAGGUCCGAAAACAGUCCCUUAACGAACUAGAACAAUUCAAGAGAAGAUGGCGAAAAGCAGUUCAAGAAGAUGGCUGUUGGGUUGAUCCAUACAAGCAGCAGUGACACAAACUAACACUAUAUAUUACUCAUAGAAUGAUCUUUGCAUCAAGAAACGGCACAGAAAA